AAAAAAAAAAAAAAAGUGCUGAAGAGUCCUAGGGAGAUGAAGCUAUUUUUAUUCGAAGCUGAUACUUCUGCCUGAGCCACAAGUGCUGCCUGGAAAGGGCUCAGGUUGUUUCCAGGGGGAGAACUCUGCAGAGAAGAGACAAAGUUCAACAGGACAACAAAAGAGCAGCAGGGACAGCCAGGAAAAGGAAGAGACCUCACGCCUUCACACAGAGCCCCCUAUCAGAGUUCUCCAGUCCUAAAGUAUUCUGCAAAGUGCCACUUGACCGGAAUUCUUGCCUGCCUUUUUCUUUCUCCAACCACCAUGACUGAGAUCACGGCUGAAGGAAAUGCAUCUACAACCACCACUGUGAUAGACAGCAAGAAUGGAUCUGUGCCCAAGUCCCCUGGAAAAGCGCUGAAGAGGACAGUCACCGAGGAUAUAGUGUCGACGUUCAGCUCCCCAGCAGCCUGGCUUCUGGUCAUCGCCCUCAUCAUCACAUGGUCAGCUGUGGCCGUUGUUAUGUUUGACUUAGUGGAUUACAAAAACUUAUCAGCAAGCUCUAUUUCCAAGAUUGGCUCAGAUCCUCUGAAACUUGUACAUGAUGCUGUGGAAGAAACCACGGACUGGGUCUACGGCUUCUUUUCUUUGCUGUCUGACAUCAUCUCAUCCGAGGGUGAUGAAGAAGAUGAUGAUGAUGCAGAGGAGGACACCGAUAAAGGAGAAAUAGAGGAGCCUCCCUUGAAAAAAAAAGAAAUACACAAAGAAAAGGCUGAAAAACUGGAGAAGCCUGAAAAGAAAAUACAAACUAAAGUUACACAUAAAGAAAAAGACAAGGUAAAAGAAAAAGAAAAACCUGAAAAGAAAGCAACUCACAAGGAAAAAAUUCAGAAAAAAGAAAAACCAGAAACAAAGACAGUGGCAAAAGAAGAGAAGAAAGCUAAGACUAGAGAAAAGAUUGAAGAAAAGAUUAAGAAGGAAGUGAAAGGUGUGAAACAGGAGAAGGUGAAGCAAACAGCUGCUAAAGUAAAAGAAGUACAGAAAACAUCACCCAAACCUAAAAAGGACGAGAAAGAUGCUGCAGCCGUGUCCAAACAUGAACAGAAAGAUCAGUAUGCAUUCUGUCGAUAUAUGAUUGACAUAUUUGUCCAUGGGGACUUAAAACCAGGGCAGAGCCCAGCCAUACCACCUCCGUUACCAACAGAACAAGCUUCCAGACACACUCUGGCAUCACCUACUCUUGAAGAAAAAGAAGAAGAAAAGAAGAAAGCUGAGAAGAAAGUGACUUCUGAAACAAGAAAGAAAGAAAAAGAAGAUGUCAAAAUGAAAACUGAGAAGGAAACUGCCAUGGAUGUGAAAAAAAAAGAGCCUAGCAAAGCCCCAGAAACCAAACAAGGGACAAUAAAAGUUGCAGCACAAGCACCUACUAAAAAAGAGGAAAAGAAGGAAGAUUCCAGGAAAACAAAAAUACCUACAGAAGAACUAGCCAAGGGAAAAAAACAGGAAAAGAAAGAAAAACACAUGGAACCAGCAAAGUCACCAAAGAAGGAACAGUCAGCUCCAACUGAAAAACACAUUAAAGCAAAGACUGAACAAACCAAAGAAGAGGUUGGUUCUGCCUCAUCGAAGAAAGCUGUACCUGGAAAGAAGGAAGAGAAAACAACCAAGACAGUGGAGCAAGAAAUUAGAAAAGAAAAAUCUGGGAAGACUUCUUCAGUUCUGAAGGAUAAAGAGCCUACUAAGGAAAAAGAAGUAAAGGUUCCAGCUUCCCUAAAGGAAAAAGAACCUGAAAUUAAAAAAGAUGAAAAGAUGUCCAAAGCAGGCAAAGAAGUCAAGCCCAAGUCUCCACAGCCACAAGUGAAAAAACAAGAGAAGCCAGAGUCACAAGUUAAAAAGGAAGCAAAACCAGCUUCAUCUGAAAAAGCUCAAAUACACAAACAAGACACAGUGAAACCAGAAAAGGCUAUUUCUCAUGGUAAACCAGUUUUACACUUUACAGAAAGUGGAGAUGAAAAAGUUGUCAAGCAUGUAAAAGCUACCACGAUAGAAAAAACAGUCAAACCCAAAACAACAAAAAAAGCUGAACAUCAAGGAAAAGAAUCUCCGUCUAUAAAAACAGACAAACCAAAACCAACUCCAAAGGAAACACCAGAAGUAACAGAAUCAGCAAAAAAGAAAAUUGAAAAAUCUGAAAAGGAAAGUAAAGAAAAAGCAGAAAUGAGACAUCUUAAAGAAGAAAAAGAAAAAGCAGAAAUGAGACAUCUUAAAGAAGAAAAAGAAAAAGCAGAAAUGAGACAUCUUAAAGAAGAAAAAGAAAAAGCAGAAAUGAGACAUCUUAAAGAAGAAAAAGUGCCAACAAGAAAAGAAAUUCUUCAAUUACACAAUGUGACAAAAGUAGAAAAACCCUCAAGAGUAUCAAGAGAAGAUUCUGAAGAUGUACCAACUUCAAAGAAGACUAAAGAAGAAGCUGAAGAUGUAUCUUCCACAAAGAAGCAGAAAACCCCCAUCAGCUUCUUCCAGUGUGUCUACUUGGAUGGAUACAAUGGCUAUGGAUUUCAGUUUCCUGUCACUCCUGCGCACCACCCUGGAGAGAGCCCUGGCCAACCAAAUUCUCCAGGACAGAAGCAACGACGACAAUAAGACACGUAUGCGCAGCCCUCGCAAAUCGCUUUAGAACUUUGAAAAUAGGAUCUUCUGUUUGUCUACAGUGACACAGGCAAUUGAAAUCAUGUAGUCCAGGGGAUUUCUUUGAACAUAUUUUACUCUUCUGCCUGGUGUAGAAAGGGUGAGCAAAGGGACUGAAUGAUAAGCAGACAAGUUGGAGGGUCUGGCGCUCAAGAAUCUCAUUUGUUUGUUGCUGGCUGUGGGUGCUUAUAUUUUUCUAUUUCCAGUCACUUUAAGGUUGUUCACAAACUGAUUUAAAUUUUACUUCAUAAUGAUCUUUUAAACAUAAUUGACACAAUUACAAAAUGAAAUUUCUGGCUUCAGUUAGAUAUUUACUUUUAAGUGAAAACAAAGACUAUGCUUUAAGUUUAAAGGCUUUAGUAGCUUAUACAAAAGCUGCUCUUUUGCAUCAUGUAGGUAUCUAAAUUCAAUUUCCCCAAUAUGUUGAUAUUCAAUAGUUUAAUUUUAUUUCUGUAUAUAUAUCUAUUUUAGUUGUGACUCUUCUCUAAAAAUGGGUAACAGUUUCACCAAAGAAUGCUUUAAGUUCCUUGUCAUGCUCUUUUAGAGCUCAGAAUAUCUCUGAACUUUAGACAUGAUAAGAUGGAGUGGAAAGGCUUGAUGAAUCUUAUCCCUAAGAUUUGUCUUGAAUUACAAUUAGGAAAUUCACUCCAGUGGAAAUACUCCAUCCAAUUAGGCAAGUCUGGUGAAUCGUUUGUUUAAAUAUAAGCGAAUGAGAUGUAAACUAGCCAGACUCCUCCCGACUGUGCCCUAGUAAGACGUCACCCGGGUGAGAUUUUACAUCAGUCACCAAAUUUGGGUGACAGAUGCAAGAGGAUUUUCAUUUCACUUUAAUAGGAUCAUUCUAUGGAGUGAAAUAGGCUUUAUUGCUCAAAACAAAAAAAUAUAUAAAUGUCAUCAAAGUGGAAGGAACACAUUUUAACCAUUAAGUUUGCCAUGAGAUAUCUUACUUGUUUUUUAGGUAAUUAGUUAUCAGUGCAGUCCAGGGGGUCACUGAGGGUCGGACACGACUGAGCGACUUCACUUUCACUUUUCACUUUCAUGCACUGGAGAAGGAAAUGGCAACCCACUCCAGUGUUCUUGCCUGGAGAAUCCCAGGGACGGGGGAGCCUGGUGGGCUGCCGUCUACGGGGUCGCACAGAGUCGGACACGACUGAAGCAACUUAGCAGCACCAGCAGCAGCUAAUAAAAUGAAUAACAAUCUUUAACUUAUUUGAUGAUGCAUCACUGGGGAAAAUAACUAUACUUUUGCCAUUCUUUGUCCCUCAGUGAUAUAAACACUUAUGUUUUAUAACUACAUUUUUCUAUCAACAAUAAAAGUCAUGCCAGGGAAUUCCUUGGCAAUACAAUGGUUAGGAUUCCACACUUCCACUGCUGGGAGCACAGAUUUGAUCCCUGGUCAGGGAACUAAGAUCCUGCAUGUCACGUGGUACAGUCUAAAUAAAUAAAUGAAUAAAUGUCAUGCGACUGUGACCUCUAUUAUGUUUACAGUAGCAAUGUAACUUAUGACACAUUAACUCAGGAAGUAAAUUGAAUUACUCUUUCUGGCUUUUUAAUCAUCUUCAGCAAAGUCCAAAGGAGCCAGAGCCAAUACUAGCCAAGUGAUUUAUUUUCAAGGACUGCAACUAAGUUCUUUAGGUCCAAGAUAUAGAACACUGUUUCACUGGAAUAUCAUUGGGCUAGUAGAUCAAUAACAUGUUAAUUAUUAAUAACGAAUUUUCAAUGACUUUUGUGAAUAGUUAGUCUUGGCCACUGGCUGGUAGACCUAACUUACACCACAAAAGCCAAUGAUAUGAUGAACCAAGAUUAAUGCCACUCCAUAUGGAGGGCUGCCUGGAAGUAUGUAACUUCAGUACCAAUCAGAUGAUACCAUCUUAUUAAGCCUCUUCUUGUAACAGUGAAAACUUGUGGGUAGGACAGUGGAUGAAGUUUAUUGCUCAACUACUCCUCCAGCUUGUCCAAUUUAAUGACUAAAGGAAUAGAGAGAAAAUAUGAUGGUUUUCUCAAUUUCAUAGAAAAGAAUGGUUUAUCCAUUCAUUCUUUUCAUUUAACGACUGUUGAGCAUUUACCCUUUCUAAGGCACUGUGUUAGGCACUGGGCCAUAUAAGAAAAAUAUCAGAGAUAAAUUCUGUCCAGUGCUAUCCUGACACAAUAUGUGGCCUUGGAAAAUUUGCUAAACAUUCUGUGCUUAUUUUUGCCGUGUGUAAAGUAAGGAUUUCUGGACAAACAACCUUAUACCUCACAGAUGUACCGUGGAGACUGACAAAAUAUCUUAAUCUGGACAUGACAAAAAAAUGUCUAAAAGAAUACUUUUGAAUGUGGCACUACUUGUUCCUCUGAGUGCUUUUCUACAUUAUAUUAUGGUCUCUUUCAUUCUCAUCAUGAAAACUAUUUGAUAAAAAAUAAAAUAUGACAGCUCCUUGUAAUUAGACAAAUCAAUUAUGCUGUAAACAAUAUUAACAAUGUUGUUACGGUGUAUCUGCUUGAAGUUACAAUGAAAUAGCACAUGAAAAUUGUUAACUAAACUCUCACCUGUUCAUACAGCUCCAUCAAAUAAAGCAUUUCUAGUCCUUU